CUUUAUCCCGCAUUUCCUGUGUGGCGCCAGCUUUGACGCAUGCACUGGACAGAGUUUGGAGUUAUGUGGAUACAGUGUGUUUCAUCCUUGAAUCGUUUCAAAGUUUCACUUGUAACUGUACUGAGGCACGAGAAUAGUAGGAACUAGACGUACCUGAGUUCGCCCAUGAUCCCGUGAGGAACUCGCGUUUGUUCGUCAUGCGAGGAUCGACUAUCGAUUGAGAGCAAAACUGAAGAUCAUAUUACUGUUUACCUGCUUAAAUAGUGUAGAAUGUCCUGUAAUACGUGCAGCAAAGAAUUUGGACUGCUUACGAAGGAGCAAGGAUGCCCCAACUGCGGGUUUUCCUAUUGUGGGAAAUGUCUCAAGUGGUCUGCACAUGUUCCGAAACUGGGCAAAACCAAGAAGGUUUGCACCAGCUGUUACGACGCACUGAACAAUUUGUCCAAGAAGCCAACGACUAGUCAAGUUGAAGCACCGGAGGCUCUACAAAAACGGAUGGCUGCACUGGCUGCCAAAGGAUCAGUCACGAAUUCCAACACAUCUAAUACAGGUUCUAAGAACGUACAAGUCGAAGAGAUUGAAAAAAGGUUGCAGCGGCUACGCCAGGACAGUAAAGAGCUCAUCCCAGCUCAUGCAGACAUAGAAGACAGGCUGGCACAGUUAAAAGGGGUUGAUGUUUCCUACUACAGAAAAGCUCCCAUCACGGUUUACAAAGACAAAAGAAGUGCAGCAGAAAAAGUGUCAGACUUGAUGAGACAGGCCCAGAGCGAAGCACAGAUAGACGCUCGGAGGGAAGAAAGCAUCAAAAGCAGCAUCAACGAAAUUGAGCAGCGCCUAAACUCACUGCGCGGCGUUCAGAAAUCACAGGAUACAAAACCAGGAAAGGAACGUACUGGUGAUUUCGCAAAAGGUUUAGAAGCUCCACAGUGCGAGGACAGUGAAGACGCUGAUGUGGACAUGGAUGACGUAGCCCAAUUGCUCAGGCAAGAAAUGAAAGCUGCAAAGCAAGAACUCGAAGGCUUAAAGAAGGACAAGCAGUUGAUGGCUGAACUGGACAAAAUUAGCCUCAAAGUAAAGGGUAAGGACAAGGCAGUGAAGGAGAGAAGAGAUGAUGAAGACUGUGAUGAGAAGGAAGUCAGUGCUGUUCUUCAACAGGUGCUAGAUGAAUCUAGGCAGGAAGAGGAAGAAAUGGAAGAAGAAAUAGGCACUGCAAAAGGAGAGGAAAAGGAGGAAUUGCCUUGGUGCACCAUUUGCAACUCGGACGCAGCACUGCGUUGCCAUGACUGUGUGGAGUUGUAUUGUCGGAGGUGUUACAGGGAAUAUCACGAUGAUGAAGGCCACAGGACAAGUAACUACCCAAGAUAAUAUUGUGAAGACUGUCCCUGGUGUCAAUACUACUACCACUGCAGGCAUUGUGGUUUAGGACCAUGCUAUGAGUUGCUGGUGCACUUGCUUUUUCUUUUUUUUUUGCUUUUCUGCAAAAAUGAGAACAAAGCGCUCCGUCAGUGCCUCUUUUGGGUUCCUAUAUGAAGUAUAGUUAGCACAUACUCAUGUGUCAACCCACAAGGCAUUGUAUAAUAUGUUUAUUACAAUCUAGACUUAAAAUUCUUAGUAAAACCAGUAAAAUGUUCAAUAAAAAUACACGUAUGCCAUUUGCUUUACAAAUAUGUACAGCUCAGUAGUGCAAGAGCAUCUUCAUAGCUUGAAAGUUGAUUGAGUGCACAGCCAGUUGCUUUCACCGUCCAGCUUCAGUACACGUGCCUUGACUUGUACUAUCUUAUCUAUGUUGUCUGAAAAUGAAAAAGGAUUAAAUGAAGAGAAACAUU